UGGAGUCGUCGGGCUGGGGUCUGGCGCUGGAAACCUUGAUCAACUCAACCCCCGAGCUCCGAGCGAAAGUUGCAUCGUCAUAUCUGACUAAGCCCAACCGUGUCGGUGUAUUCGGGAGGGUUAUCGGUGCGCUCCACUCUCACUGCCUCUACAUCUCCUCUUUUCUUCUGCGCCUGCCGUGGGACCCUCUCUUUCACUUAUCAGUGCAGCAGUCACGUUGUUUCCUUUCACAUUCGUCUGAUUCCUUUAUCUCCUGCCACUUACUUAUACCCAUUUCGCCUUUGCGCUCAACGUCAGCAUCUACCAUACACUUCCACUUCCACUCCACUGCACCCGCUGCUCAACCGCUCAACAUGGCCACCCCCGCAGCAACAAAACGCCUCACAAAGGAGUACGCCGCCAUCGCAAAGUCCCCGCCACCCUACAUUAUCGCGCAUCCCUCGGAGAAGAACAUCCUUGAAUGGCACUACAUCAUCACUGGGCCCCCGGACACCCCCUACGACGGCGGCCAGUACUGGGGCACCCUCAUGUUCCCGCCCGACUACCCCUUCGCCCCGCCCGCCAUCCGUAUGCACUCCCCAAGCGGCCGCUUCCAGCCUAGCACGCGACUAUGCCUCAGCAUCAGCGACUUCCACCCCAAGAGCUUCAACCCCGCGUGGGAGGUCAGCACCAUCCUAACAGGGCUGCUGAGUUUCAUGACGAGCGAGGAGAUGACAACGGGUAGUGUGCGGGCGAGCGAGGCUGAGAGGAAACUGUUUGCGGAGCGGACACGGUGGUGGAAUAGCACUGGUGGCGGGUCGAAAUCCACAGCAGCGCCUUCGAGCAAUUCUCGUGGUAUUGGAGGGAUCAAGGCUGGCGAUGGCGGCGCCAAGUUCAAACUCGAGUGGCCGGAAAUCGACGAGGAGAAUGCCACGUGGAUGAAGGAGAAGCGCAUUGACCCCAUGACGGGACUACCGCGAGCAGUUCAAUCUGCAACACAACCGCCCUGCUCGCUCGAUGUUGCGGGCUUGAGGCGGCGACCAGGAGCCAGCGCGACAGUGGUUCAGGAUGCACAGAUAGCGCGGGAUGCGGGACAGGGCUGGCUGAGCAAGAACAAGUGGAAGCUUGUCUUUGGGGCUAUGAUGGUAUACAUCCUGGUCGCGAGGGUGUUGGGUGACGGUGCUGUUUCGACACCCGCCUAGUCGAACUCUCCACUUUCACAUCACUCUAAUUUGGCAUUCUGGGAUCACAGCAGAAUGCAUUAGUUAAGGCGUUGGAUCCAUUCAUCGCGAUGCUGAGCGGCAUCUUUUCCCCACACACUGUUUUUUUUAUUCAAAGUAAGCGCUAUAAGAUAGAUCGUUUUAAUCUCCAUUACACUCUCUCCAUGGGGGUUGCAUCAUGGCUAGACACUGCUUUCUUCUUUUCCUAUCCAAUCUUCUCUGAUGAUCUCCCCGUCCCCUGACUUACCCAAUUACAUAUCCUCACACACUGCGACGCCCCAUAGUCCAUAUGUAAGCAAUGAGUACAAAAAACAAGUGCACACACCUAGCC